ACCUGCUCGACUUGUAGAUUAUUCUUUAGCCCAAGAUUACCAGACUCGACUCAACAAUCUCGCUGUGCGAGUGAGGAUUUUCUCCCAAACACGACGUGCUUGAUCUGCGUCGAUCAGGCUCUCACCUCGCCGUGGUCUCUUUGAAACGCGAUAUUCUUCAAUCUGCCAACCGUCUUGUGAUGUGUCAGUCGGCUGGAGAGCUGCGCUAAAGCUCCGCGAGGAAAUAGCCUGAGUCUGAUUCAGCCUUUACCGUAGAUUCCGUUUCAGAUUCGCAAUCCACUUUAUAAUUCUUGCCGGUCGCAGGAUUUAGUGGCCGUGUCGUCGGCAUUCGAGGAGGAGAACGGCCUGUUUCGAGACUCGUGUCGAGGACCCAUUAUAUCACCUGGCUUUAAUCUGCCGCCAGGCUGGCAUUCCAAGAGGAGGUGGCCGCGCGGCUGCAGGAGGACGCAUUGUCCUGACGACCUUGUUUUGACGGCUUAUCAGAAUAUCCGGUUCUUAGCGGUUCUCAGUGGGCCGCCAUGCUGGCAUUCCGCGAGGAGAUAGUGGCGCAGCUGCAGGAGGAGGACGGUCUGUUUUGAGGACUUCGUAUUGACGACCUAUUGAAAAAAAUCCGAGUUUGAAGGACCCAGUAGAUCUCCUGGUUUUAUAUUAAUCUGCCACCAUGCUGUCGUUUCACGAGGAGAUAGUGGCGCAGCUGCAGGAGGAGGACGGCCUGGCGGUCAUGGGGGCCGGGCUGGGCCUGCAUAAGGUGCUAGCGCUCCUCGUUCGUUACUAUCACAUCACCAACGCCACUUGCACCCGCAGCCUCGGGAGCAGCAGCUUUGGCGGCGGCAGCAGCAGCAGCAGCAGCCGGGGUGGUUAUAACGGGCGGUUGAUGUUUGUGAUUGGAUUGGCGGAGGAGCAGAGGCAGGCGGUGCAGGAGGAGCUUCAGGCGUUGAACAAAGCUCUGGCCGCCGCUCCUUCCCGCUGCACCCCACCUACUGCCGCCCCUCCCGCUCAAACCUCUCAGCCCAGCCCAUCCGCUGCUUCCCAGGACCAUCUGCCAGCAGCAGCAGCAGCAGCAGCAGCAGCAGCAGCAGCAGCAGCAGCAGCAGCAGCAGUAGCGGUGCCUCAAGCGUCAGGAAGCAUAGCUGCUGCUACAGUACCAUUAGCAGGGGGACUCGAGGCCACAGUGGCGUCAGCUGUAAUGGCAUCCGAUGGAGCAGAGGGACAAGCAGAGGGACAAGCAGGGGGACAAGCAGAGGGACAAGCAGCCCCAUCGGCUGCGCUGCACCCGGCUGCAGUCCCCUGUGUGCUGGCAGAUGUCAACAGCAGCAUGUCCAGCGCUGAAAGGGUGGCGGCUUACCGCGAGGGAGGGUGCUUUGCCGUGACCUCCCGCAUCCUCAUCGUCGACAUGCUCUCGGAUAGAGUGCCCUUCAAUAAGCUUAAGGGCAUAGUGGUGGUGAAUGCACACCGAGUCACGGACACAGGAGCAGAGGCCUUCAUUCUCAGGCUAUUCAGGGACACCAACAAGCACGGCUUCAUACACGCACUGUCGGACCGCCCCAACUCGUUGUCGGCUGGCUUCCACAAGGCGGAGCGCAUCCUUAAAGCGCUCUUCCUGCGCCGCCUCUACCUCUGGCCGCGAUUCCAGGUUAGCGUAUCCCAGUCGUUGGAGCAGCACCCGCCGCAUGUGGAGGACGUGAGAGUGCCCCUCUCGCCAGCAGCAGCAGCCAUCCAGCAGGCAAUCAUUGACGUCAUGGGCUCGUGCCUUCAGGAUCUGCGCCGUACAAACAAGCUGGAUAUGGACGAUCUGACGGUGGAAAGCGGUCUUUUCAAGUCCUUUGAUGAGAUCGUGAGGCGCCAGCUGGAUCCUGUGUGGCACACUUUGGGCCGCAAGAUCAAGCAGCUAGUUGCGGAUCUGAGGACCCUGAGAAAGAUCGCGGAGCACCUGCUGCGCUACGACGCGGUCACCUUCCUGCGCUUCCUGGACGCCCUCAAGGCGAGCGAAUCAAAGGCCGCCAUCUGGAUCUUCGUGGACCCCGCGCCCAAGAUCUUCGAGCUGGCUAAGAGGCGGGUGUUCCAGGUUGUUAAAAAGGCGCCGCUUGCAUCACUGCAGGAAGCCGCCAGAAAACCAACCAGAACGAGGGAACUGCUUGAGGAAAUUCAAGCGGAGCGCAGCGCGCAGCAGCAAGCACCAGCAGCAGCACCAUCAGCAGCAGCAACAGCGGCAGCAGCGUCUGCAGCAGCAGCAGCAGCAGCAGCAGCCGCUGUGGUAGUGGCGUGCAAGGAUGAACGCACUUGCCAACAGCUCCGGGACGUGAUUGCAUUUGGUGCCGCCACUCUCAUGCAGCGCGAGUGGCAGCAGUACCUUCUGGCCAAGGCAGAUCUCGUGAGGGCGAACCUUCCAAGAAAGAGGCAUGCCAGCAGCAGCAACAGCGCACGUGCUGGUGCUGGCAACGCUGGUGCUAGUGGUGGUAACGGCGGCAGUAGCAAGAGCACAGGAGGCGACAGCGCCUUGGACCUGUUUCAGAGGGAGCAGCAGCUGCUGCUGGCCGCGGCCAAGCGAGAUAGUGAUAGUGAUAGUGACGUUGUGCUUAUAGAGGAUAGUGAGGCAAUAAGGAAGGGUGUUGAUGACAGUGAGGGAACUGGGAAGGGUAGUGCGGAAUCAAAUGAGGGGGCAGAAGGGGCAAAGAGGGCAAAACGGGCAAGAGUCCAGCCAACCAACCCAAACUCCUCACUACCCAUCCCAACCUCAAUUCCAGCCAUCCAGCCGGCUAAUCCUGUACCUUCCGACCUCCCACCCCCCAUCACUGCACCCCCCAACUCCACCCCUCACUUACCACAACUCCCCGCCACCUCCCUCUCCCCCUGCAUCCGCCUCGAGUUCGUCCCUCCCUCAACCAAUGGCAGGCUGCCAGCUGUCCACCUGUGCACCCUCGAGGGUGCGUCGCACGUGCUGGCGGCGCUACAGCCGGGCGUGGUUGUAGUCUACGACCCUGACAUCGAGCUCGUGCGCGAGAUCGAAGUUUUCCACGCUACCCGGGCGAGUGCUCGUUCCAGCGCGGCGGGCAGGGAGGAAAACACCGCGCCUUCCCGGGACGAAGGCGCUUCUGAGAGGGGGGGAGAUGCAGGCGUGUGUGAAGGCAGGAGCCGAAUGGAGUCUCUGGUUGAAGGGGGGGCAGCCACGGAUGCUGCUGCCGCUGCUGCUGCUGCUGCUGCCGCCGCUGCUGCUGCUGCUGCUGCUGCUGCUGCUGCUGCUGCUGCUGCUGCUGCUGCUGCUGCUGCCGCUGCUGCUGCCACUGUGCAGUCCCUGCUGCCCCCCCUGCGCGUGCUGUUCCUGUUCUACGAGGGCUCCACGGAGGGCCACAAGUUCGAGGCGAGUGUGCGGCGGGAGAACGGCGCGUUCGAGCAGCUCAUCCGGCAGAAGGCUGUUAUGACCAUCCCCGCUGGACAGGACGGCAAGUCCUCGGAGAUUCUUCCCAUGAGCCUGCCUCGGCUGCCUCCCUCCCACCCCGCUGCUGCCAAUGCCAUUACGAGGAGAGGGGGAGGGCGGAGGGCAGCAGAGAGACAGGAGAUGCGGGUGGUAGUCGAUAUGAGGGAGUUCGCUAGCAGCCUCCCCUGCGUGCUGCACCAGAGGGGCAUGAAGAUACAUCCAGUCACGCUCGAAGUGGGCGACUACAUCCUCUCGCCGGACCUCUGUGUGGAGCGCAAGAGCGUCAGCGACCUCUUUGCCUCCUUUGCGUCGGGGCGGCUGCACCACCAGGCGGAGACCAUGUGCCGCUACUACAGGCUGCCUGUCCUCCUUAUUGAGUUCUCCAGCGAUAAGAGCUUUUCAUUGCAGUCAGCGAGUGACAUCAGCGAUGACAUCACCGCAUCCAGCAUCAUAUCCAAGAUGUCUCUCCUCGCGCUGCACUUCCCGCGCCUCCGGAUCGUGUGGUCCAGAUCGCUCCAUGCGACGGCUGAGAUCUUUGCGUCGCUCAAGACCAAUCAGGACGAGCCGAGUGUCGACCAGGCGAUGAGGGUCGGCGUGCCGACUGAAGAUGGUCUGGUGGAGGGCGACACCAGAGACGAGCAUUUCAACACAACAGCCGUGGAAUUCCUUCGGCGCCUGCCCGGGGUCUCUGACGCGAAUUACCGCUCAUUGGUCGAUAACUGCGGCAGCUUGGCUGAGCUGGCGAUGAUGCGUGUUGAUGAGCUGGCACCACUUAUGGGCGGCAUGCGCUCGGCUCAAAUGCUCAGGGAUUUCCUUGAUGCCAAGUGCCCCACGUUGAAAUAGGUGUGUCUGUCUUGAUGGAGCUUGCUAGAAACAGAGUCACACUCACACAUGUACCAUAUUCGUCUACUUGCCAGAGCAGAUGAUAUGUUGGAUCCCUCCA